AUUAGCGUUGGUAAAACAACCAGUCGUCGAUACUGAAGAUGGCGAGAGGUUCCCGGUGUUUGCGGAGAGCAGUAGCUCAAUGUAUCAAACAAUUGCCAUCUUCAAGUAGCCGUGAAGUACCGGGAAAGAGUGGAGUGAGGUACCUGUCGUCAUGCGGGAUCCUGAUGACGAGGGUGCCGCCCCUGUUGGGGGCCUGGCCCAGCAGCCGCGCCGCCGCCGUGGCCGUUCCCGCCCGCACCUUCUUCAACCUGGCCGACACGCUCAACAAGAGGAAGGAGUACUCCGAGAGACGCAUCAUCGGGUACUCUAUGCAGGAGAUGUACACUGUGGUGGCUAACGUGGAGGACUACCUGCACUUCGUGCCCUGGUGCAAGAAGUCGGACGUGAUCUUCCGCCGCCAGGGCUUCUGCAAGGCCAAGCUGAGCGUGGGCUUCCCUCCCGUGGUGGAGAAUUACACCUCCCUGGUCACCUGCGUCCGCCCACACCUGGUCAAGGCGGCCUGCUCUGAUGGUAAACUCUUCAACCACUUGGAGACCGUUUGGCGUUUCAGCCCUGGCCUUCCUGGCUACCCACGGACAUGCACACUGGACUUUGCUAUCUCCUUUGAGUUCCGCUCUCUGCUGCACUCUCAGCUGGCCACCAUGUUUUUCGACGAGGUGGUGAAACAGAAUGUGUCUGCCUUUGAGCGGCGUGCUCGGAAAAUCUACGGUCCCGAGACAGUCAUUCCUCGCGAGCUGAUGUUCCAUGAGAUCCACCACACGUAGCAGGCACUUUCUGGAGUCAAACACCGGCCGAGGGACGCGGUGGAAGGUUGCAUUUGUGCAGCGGGUGGGGGUGGGGGGAGGGAAGGGCUCCAGGGCUUAGUUGGUGGGGGAUAUAAAGGUGCCUAAAGACCAUACUUGCCUCUAUCGACAAGACAAAAAUCAUUACGUUUCUCUCUCUUGUUCUCUGUCAACCCCUAGUCUGUGGAGUGGUUUGUGCACAGUUCGGCUCUGCCCUGUGGGCAGUUUUUUUCUUUUCUUUAUUUGUUUAUUCUUUUUUUUCUCCCCUUUCCUUUCUUUUUCAUUUCCUUUCUUCCCUACCCUAGCAGCCCCUCCAGAAUGUCACCAAAUGUCAGUAUCAUCAACUCUUGCAGCUGGCAAUGAUGACAAGAGGCGGUGCUUUUGUUCCAUAGCCACAUCUUUAAAAAGUAUAUAUAAUAACUAUAUGCAGACCCUAUUGUAGUCUGUAAAGGGCUAAUUUACUUAACUAAAGUAUAUAUUAUUUUAAAAAUACCCCUUUUUUGGGAGACUUUGAGAGAAUGUUACUUAGAUCUUUGCGGCAUUCACACAAUCCCCAGAAUGCCAGUGCUGUCAAAACAAAUGGGUGGUUUUGUUGGCAAGAGAGCAGACAUCAAUUAUGGACUUCUGACAAGUGAUCAGUAUUUCAAAAAGAAGGGACUAGAGCAAAGUUGGGACAUGUGCUCCAGGUAGAGAACUGGAGAUGAGCUGCAGAUAGUGAAACUGCACGGUGCAAGAGGUGGGAUGGGAGGCGUACCUCCGAGGAUGACUGAUGGAAUCAGUUUAAGAUGCAAGCACAGAGUUGUACUGUAGCUCCGUUCACAGAAUCCUGUUUUGAGGCCUCAUCCUCCGUGCCAAGACCGAGGGAUGUCUAGGGUUGUAGCCUUGUUCACUUCCUCGUCCGUGACCCGAGGAUGGGUGAUGCCCUGAAAGGAUUUGUAGUGAGAGAAGUGUAGAGCUUUAAGAACAAACGCACUGUGGACUAAUGAUGAUUCUACUGCGCAGUGGCAACUCGAGAGCGAGCAAUCGAUCGUGGUUUCGUUUUUUGUUUCUAAGACGUGUUACUUUUGUGCAAUAGCGUUUUUGAAGUUUUUCUUUCCUGUAAGGAUUUGAAUGCAGGUAGCGCUUGCUAAAUGUGGAUGCUCUCCCCACUGCUUAUUACUAUAAAAAGGGCCCAAACUGUUGUCCAGGUGUGCGAUGGAAUCACCUGUGUUCGCUUGGUGACUGUCUGUCUUUCACCCCCAGCUGACAGCGGCAGUAGUAGUGAGGCACCUGUGUCUGCACCCCACCCUCCCCCCGAACAUACACCCCUUAAUCUUUGACUAUUCCAAUUCAGCAGCGCAGUUCUGUUGCAUUCACGUUACAACAUUUAUUUAUCAUCUUUUAAAAAAAAAAAACAUGUAUCUAUUUAUUUAGGUUAUGGGAAGACCACACUGUAUAUACUGAUGCAAGACCCCCUGAUCAGUGCUCAUUGCCGAAAAAACACAUUGUCAAAGUCUAUGUUUUGAUGUGGGUUUUUGUUUUCUUUUUAGUGUAAAUUAAGGUAUUUUAAUUUGAGUGUUGGGUGAAAAUGUUAUACAGACUGCAUGGUUCAUAAAGUAUUUUUAUAUUUAAGAA